CUGCGUUUUUCUUCUUCCUUGCUUCCCAUUCCCAUUUCCUGGCCUGUUUUCCCACACAUAUCCUACUUCCCCAAAAGUAACCUCCAACACACAAGACAACAAGCAAUGCCAGGUUACGGAAACAACAGCGGCGGCGGCGGUCGCGGCGGAAGUUACGGAGGCGCUCGCUUCCAGCCUUACGGUCGUCCCUCAGGCGGGGGUUAUGGCGGUGGCAGGGGUGGUAGUGGUGCCGGCGGCGGCGGUGGCCGUCACAACGACGUCAACCACGUCUACGAGUCAAGGCCUGUCUUCAAGGAUAUGGAGCCCUUCAAGAGCAACUUCAUGGACAUCAUCGACGCCCGGGCUCUGGAGCAAAUGUCCGACAAGGAUGCCGCGGAGUUCAGGAAAAAGCACGGAAUGACCUUGACCGGUCAGAACAUUCCCAAGCCUAUGCUCACAUUCGCAUCCGCUGGGUUCCCCGAAGCUGUGCUUGCCAAACUGAAGGCCAGCGGUUUCGACGCUCCCACUCCCAUCCAAGCACAAGGGUUCCCCAUGGCCCUCACUGGCCGCAAUGUUGUCGGUAUCGCCCAGACUGGAUCUGGCAAGACCCUCUCCUUCGUUUUGCCCUCUUUGAUCCACAUCCUUGCUCAGCGCCCCGUCGAGCGUGGAGAUGGACCGAUUGCGUUGGUUCUUGCUCCCACUCGUGAGCUGGCUUGCCAAAUUCACGAAGUUGUCAAGGGUCACGGUCAAGCUCUCGGCAUUCGAUCUGCUUGCCUGUAUGGAGGUGCCAGCAAGGGACCUCAGAUCGGUGACCUGAACCGCAGCCCUCACUUUGUGGUUGCCACUCCUGGUCGUCUGUUAGAUCUCUUGCAAGCCGGAAAGACCACGCUUCGCCGUAUUACAUACCUUGUCCUUGAUGAAGCCGACCGCAUGCUGGACAUGGGUUUCGAGCAACCUCUUCGGGACAUUCUCGCCCAGAUCCGCCCCGAUAGGCAGAUGACUUUCUGGUCUGCCACAUGGCCCAAGUCCGUCCAGAGGCUCGCACGGGACUUCCUUUCCUCCGACCACAUCACCGUCCAGGUCGGAUCCACGGAACUUCAAGCCAACAAGCGUAUCAACCAGAUCGUCAAGGUCGUCGACGAAGGCGACAAGGACGCUGCUCUGUGGGAAACCCUCGCGGCCAUCUGGGACUCGCUGCCAGAACCUGAGGCUACGCGUGUCAUGUGCAGGACAGUCAUCUUUUGCAACAAGAAGUACAUUUGCGACAAGCUGAUUACUGCGAUGAACGAGCAAAACUGGGGUGCCGUGACCAUCCACGGUGACAAGGACCAACAGCAGCGUGACUGGGCUCUUCGGGAGUUCAAGACCGGUGCCUGCCCUAUUCUCGUUGCUACCGACGUUGCCGCUCGUGGUCUCGAUGUGAAGGAUGUGCUGUUCGUCAUAAAUUAUGAUUUCCCAAACAACGUCGAAGAUUACGUCCAUCGUAUCGGUCGUACUGCUCGUGGAUCCGACACAACAGGAACGGCGUACACCUUCUUCUCCCGCACCUCCAAGCAAGACCGUGCCUCUGCUCGCGAUCUCGUCGCCCUCAUCAAAGACGCCGGCCAAGACGUUCCGAGCGAGCUCGAGAUGCUCGGAGCCCGUGGCGGAAGCGGCGGUGGCGGAAGCGGCAGUCGCUGGAGGGGUGGAGGUGGCGGUGGCGGUCGGGGUCGCGGUGGACGUGGUGGAGGUGGUGGUGGGUACGGUGGCAGGAGGUGGUAGAUUCGGUGAUAGAUCACGUAGAGGAUUUUGACCCUUAGACUGCACUAUCUAUAUAGCAUCAUAGCUAGAGGAGGGGGAUCGGACGCGGUGUUCUUUUGACCGUAGACUUUCUUUGCUCGCUCGCAUGUGUUCUGGCUAUUUAUUUUCGUCACCUUCCCGCACACGCCACACAAGCCGGCGCUUUUGGUAUUUGUACAUAGGCAUCCUCCGUGACUUGGUAUUUAGUUCCGCUGUUGUGUAAUUCGAUCUUAAUUUAAUUCAUUGACUAUCACUAUCAC